GCGGGGGAGCCGCCGCCUGAGCCCCCGGGCCUGCCGCCUCGGACUCCGCGGCGCCGAGCUCGCUGGCCGCUGAGUGUGCGAGAGACCGGGUCCCAGCUUUCUUCCUCCCCCAGAUCGCACGCACACACCCCAGCCCCGGAAGAUGGGGAACUGCCUCAAAUCCCCGACCUCGGAUGACAUCUCCCUGCUUCACGAGUCUCAGUCCGACCGGGCUAGCUUCGGCGAGGGGACGGAGCCAGAUCAGGAGCCGCCGCCGCCAUAUCAGGAACAAGUUCCCGUUCCUGUCUAUCAUCCAACACCUAGCCAGACUCGGCUAGCAACUCAACUGACUGAAGAGGAACAAAUUAGAAUAGCUCAAAGAAUAGGCCUUAUACAACAUCUGCCUAAAGGAGUUUAUGACCCUGGAAGAGACGGAUCAGAAAAAAAGAUCCGAGAGUGUGUGAUCUGUAUGAUGGACUUUGUUUAUGGGGACCCAAUUCGAUUUCUGCCGUGCAUGCACAUCUAUCACCUGGACUGUAUAGAUGACUGGUUGAUGAGAUCCUUCACGUGCCCCUCCUGCAUGGAGCCAGUUGAUGCAGCACUGCUUUCAUCCUAUGAGACUAAUUGAGCCAGGGUCUCUCAUCUGACUUCAAGUGAACCAUCACUUUUGGUGGUUUUGAUCUUUUGUCACUGAGCCCAAAGAGCCAGGGAUUAGGAAUUAAGAUCAUGCACAAAAGUUUCCUAAAAAUUCCUGGAUGGCUGCAGAUGUUGAGGAAAGUAUGUGAUAUUUUAGAAACUUAUGGGGGAAAGUAGGAUGGAUCGUAUUUUUAUGUAAAGCCUUGACCCAGUGUUUAUAAUUGUUAUUAGACCUUGUUCUUGCUCCACUACAUAGGAAUUGUGUAAAGUGUAACAGCAAUUGUACAUGUUUAAAUUGUGUGUGUUGAAGAUUAGGAAAAAGAUAGUUGUUAUUUUUCCUAAAUGAGAUAAGUUUGUUCUCCCUUCCACCCAAAUUCUUUUAUGAAGCAUUUGGGUCAAGGUUUUAUUAAAAGCUACAUUUUAUAA